GAACCCAGCGCACGCGACUGACAAGUAACGCUCUGAGGUGUUGACGGAGUUAUGGCUCCUACCGCGCGCACUACGACUGAGGAGAAAAACCGGAAACACAGCUUAAAGAAGCCCGCGGUGGAGAAAAUGCGCCGAGAUCGCAUUAACACCGGGAUCGAGAAGCUGAAACUGCUGCUCAAGGACCAACUGAAUCCUAAAUCCAGGCUGGAAAAAGCGGACAUUUUAGAGACCGCUGUUGCUUACUUGAAAAACCAGGAGUCAUUGUUGGCACGCGCAUGUCCGAAGCAGUGCUACGCUGAGGGCUUCGCGCGCUGCUUGCACGAGAGCGCGCGCUUCCUCAUGGUGCACAACAAACACGCCAUGGUGAACAGGCUGAGUCAUGCCGUACCCCCGAAUGCGACCGAAAGCCUCAGCGAGAUGAUAAAGGAUGCCAAGAGUAACGUUACCUUAGAAUGCACUGGGGCAAUUUGGAGACCGUGGUGCACAAAAUGAAGACAUUUAUUAAGCCGUGCUUAUGAUUUUCUUAUUGCAUAGACAGAGUAUUAUUGUGUUUCUGUGCACAUAACUUCACCUGUGUGA